GAGAAGUCUCGAUCGGAAGCUCAGCACCUGGCGAUGCGAGUUCACAGAGUUGUGAGGCGUCUCCAGGUGUUACACGGAUCCCACCGCUGUCCCACCAGUCAUUAACGCAGGCUUUCCCCCUGUAUUUUACGCCCGAUACACAGAAUUUCCUGAAGCGAUCAUAUGCGAUUUUACGUGGUAAUAAGGGGAUGUCCGCUGUGUGAAACAGCACCGGAUGGAUGGAAGGAUGUGGCCGUUCCAUGGCGCACUGGAGUAAUAAUACAGUGAACUGACGAAGGAUCGCUACAGUUUGGCUUUUCUCUUUCUUUUUACCCAUCUUUGGAAUCUGGUGGGAACGUGCAGUGUUUAUUCCUAAGGCUUUAAUCGCCUGUUAUGUGCGUGGCAAGGAAAAUACCCAGUGGAAGAGGUACAGCAGGAUCCGACGUAAAGGCACAGAGCAUCUGAAAAAGCUUCGUUUUCUGAUUUGUUUGUUUUUUAUGCUGGUGCGUAAUGUACGUGGAAUGAAGACAGAGAAUGGAUAUAAUUUGGGAGAUACUGAUCAUUCUUCAAGCUAAUUUUAUUGUUUGUAUAUCAGCACAGCCAAAUCCACCAAAAAUUCAUGAAGGAUGGUGGGCAUACAAGGAGGUGGUGCAGGGGAGCUUUGUUCCAGUGCCAUCAUUCUGGGGGCUGGUAAAUUCAGCCUGGAACCUAUGCUCAGUAGGGAAGAGGCAGUCGCCAGUGAACAUCGAGACCAGCCACAUGAUCUUCGACCCCUUCCUUACACCCAUAAAGCUGAACACUGGCAGACGCAAGGUGGGAGGAACAAUGUACAACACAGGCCGUCACGUCUCUCUUCGACUGGACAAGGAGCACCUGGUUAACAUCUCUGGAGGGCCAAUGACGUAUAGCCACCGUCUGGAGGAGAUCCGGCUACACUUUGGCAGUGAGGAUGUCCUGGGCUCAGAGCACCUACUUAACGGACAGGCCUUCUCUGGAGAGGUUCAGCUGAUCCACUACAAUCAUGAGCUGUACACAAAUUAUACAGAAGCUGCAAAAAGCCCCAAUGGACUGGUCAUAGUGUCUAUAUUCAUGAAGAUUGCUGAGACCUCGAACUCAUUCCUGAAUCGAAUGCUGAACAGAGACACCAUCACAAGAAUAACAUAUAAAAAUGAUGCAUAUCUACUGAAUGGCCUGAACAUAGAGGAGAUUUAUCCAGAAACAAGUAGUUUUAUCACAUAUGAUGGAUCGAUGACCAUCCCUCCAUGUUUUGAGACUGCCACGUGGAUCUUGAUGAACAAGCCAGUGUAUCUCACACGGAUGCAGAUGCACUCCUUGCGGCUGCUGAGCCAGAACCAGCCCUCUCAGAUCUUUCUAAGCAUGAGUGACAACGUUCGUCCUGUGCAGCCUCUAAACAACCGCUGCAUCCGCACCAAUAUUAACUUCAGCAUGCAGGGCAAAGACUGCCCAAACAACAGGGCCCAGAAGCUCCAGUACCGAGUGAACGAGUGGUUGCUGAAGUAGCCUUCUCAGAUGAACGUGAAGACGAGACAGAGAUGGAGUUCAGGAUGAGGGGAGAGAAAUAGAAAAAGAAGUGAGGCAGGGAAGAAUGAAGAAGAAAACUGGUCUCGAGGCUGUAUCUCAUCUAAGACUUUUUCAUGGCAUUGUAUAAAGACAAAUAACACCAGACAUUAUUUAAAUGAAGGAACUUUGCAUUGCAAGGAAAGAGACUCUUCUUUUCAUACAGUGAGAACUGUUUGAACCUUUGAUCAAACACAUGCUAACAGGUCCUUUCCCCCACUGAACAAUUAUAUCUAUAUGAACAUUUUGAUAUCAAUACUUUUUGGGAGAAAACAAAAAAUAGACAACCUAAAAAAAACACGAAGCAUUUAUUUGGUAGCCAGUCAACCACUAUGACAACCUUAGGGACCUUUGUAGAUAAAAGAUGUUGCUAUCAGUAAGAAAUUCCUAGAACUAAGUCAUUGCCUUUCCCCUGCUCAACAAUAUGGAGCCAUCAGGAAGACUCACGUGGACGUUUCAUUUCAGUCACCAACAGGGCAUGCAAUCAGCAAAACCAACAGAGAGGGAACACAGCCUUACCUUGUCAUUUUCGAAAACUAGAGUAAUGCCAUGGGACAACUUCCAAAGCUUUCAUAUGGUCUCAAAGCAACUGGUGUCUUGGCCUCAUAUGUACAUAUUAUAAUUAUCAAUACAAAAGAAAAAUGAAUGUGUAAAGAAAAAAAUAAUGAAAUAACAUUCAAAAAAUAUAUUAAGAAGAUAUUAAAAAGACAAAAAGUUAAGAAUUUUAAAAAGCUUGGCGCACUUUGAAUUCUGCAGCAGUUCUCACUCUGAGCUGAUGCCUUUUAUUUCUGUUUUAUUUGUUUACAAUGGUCAUACACUGUGUUUGAUGUUAUCAGCCCAAUAAAUGUGUCUGGAAAGUUAA